GAAAAGAAAGAUGGGAGAGAAAUGAUAGGAUUCUGAAGGAAUUAAACAACAAAGAAAGAGAAGCUUGUGAAGAAUUCUGUAACCCACAAAACUGCGAGAACAAUAUCUCAAGCCUUUAUGGUUUUGUUGCACCUUAUGAAGAGUCAUUAACAACCAGAAGAACUGGAGGAAUCACAUCUGCAAUGUGGAUCAUUUUGAUCUAUGAAUAAAUAAAGCAAUAUCUCAUGAACUUCAUCAAUACGAAACAAAAAGACAAUACAGGAAGCUCUGGAUUCAGGACAAAGUGAAAAGGACUCUGUUCAUAGAAACUCUUCAUUUGCUUGUCAAUCACUUUUUCUGUCUCCAUCUAAAUCAAGAAUGUCUGUGUCACGAGGUUGCCUCUGCUGUGUGAAAUACCUCAUGUUUAUUUUCAACCUCAUCUUCUGGUUGGGAGGAUGUGGUUUAUUUGGUGUGGGGGUGUGGCUUGCCUUCACACAGUCAGAGUUUUCCUCUCUACCGCUGUCCUUCCCUUCACUCUCUGCGGCCAACCUGCUGCUUGUCGCUGGAGGCGUCACCAUGGUGACAGGGUUCCUCGGAUGCCUUGGUGCUCUGAAAGAGCAGAAGUGUCUCUUGAUGACGUUUUUCGUGAUCCUCCUGUUUCUAGUCCUGAUAGAAGUGGCGCUGAUUUUGGUUUUGAGUGUGUAUCAUAAAGAGUUGGACAAGAAAGCCAAGGAUGACCUAAGAGAGGGAAUGAGAGACUAUCUCAUAAAUGAAGGGCUAAAAAAAUCCUGGGACAACAUGCAGAGAAUUUUCAAGUGCUGUGGUGUGAGCAACCACACUGACUGGCGCAACAAAACAUCCAGUGGCAAACCUCCUGAAUCCUGCUGCAGAGAUAAUAUUGAACACUGCCAUCACUGGGAAGAGCCAUGUUAUGAGAAGGCCAAAGACUGGCUUCUGGCUAACAUCACCUCAGUGCUUGGGUUUGGAGUUUGCAUUGGAAUCGUUCAGAUUCUUGCUUUGGUGUUCUCCAUGCUUAUGUACUGCCAAAUCCUACGAGCAGAAAAGUACAUGGACUGACCCCAGCUUCAGCCCACUGUGCCAGGGGCUCUUUAAAACACAAUUCUGAAUAUGUAAUAAAUGUUUAAAUGGACUUGCCUAUUAGAGAUACUGAGCGUGAUAUGCAUGUGCACAUAAAUUAUGCAGUUCCACUUAGGAAGAGGCUCAGAUGAAUUUCAUAGAAAUUAAUUUACCAGGUAAAUGCCUUAAUUAAUUUGUGCUUAAGAGAAGAUGAUUAAAUGAAUAUAAAGUGAAUGUACUGUAUACAGCAGGUGGAAAAGUAAAUCCUAGUAUUAUUGCA